CUUGCGGUUGAUCGGACGGACUUUGCGUUCAGGAUGGGUGUGGAAUGGUUUGGUUUCGGAUAUGCGGCUCUGGUCACCACCGGAGGUGUUAUCGGCUAUGUGAAAGCAGGUAGUGUUCCAUCACUCGCUGCUGGCCUACUUUUUGGAGGUCUAGCUGGUCUGGGGGCCUACCAGAUGUCUCAGGAUUCCAAAAAUGUUUUAAUUUCACUGAUUGCUUCCGGCACGUUGGCUGGCGUUAUGGGUUACAGGUUUUACAACUCUGGAAAGCUCAUGCCGGCCGGACUUAUCGCUGGCGCCAG